AUGGUUGACAUAUUCGUCGCAAUGCUGGUAUCCGUUGGUGGUUUCCAGCAGCAAUACUUCAGGGUAGUGCCUCGCAGCCUGAAGGUUCAGGAAGGCUCGGAGGCCGUGCUAGAAUGUGCGGUGGCCAACUUAGCAGGACAAGUGCAGUGGGCUAAGGAUGGCUUCGCAUUAGUCUACAACUAUGCUGCAAACAGACGUAAAGAAAUGACAAAACAAUUAUAUCAUAAACAUCGCCAACAACAGAAUACAACGUAUCAUACAACGGUUCAAAUGCCAGCCAGUUUGGCUGCAUUUCAAACAACUGGUAUAACGGAGGCAAGAAAGUAA